AUGUCUUUCACGCAAGUUUUACCUGGAAGUAAGGUUCUCUUGAUCAACACGUCUCAUUCAGAUUCUUUUAAAAUUAAUGACACUAAAGGGCAAUUGAUGCAAAAGGUCACUGAAAAUGGCCUUGUCGUCGAUGAAACUUUAGAUCGAGUGGUUCAUGGCGAUCUUCCAAACUCUACAUACAAUUAUAUUUAUACUAAUCUUUAUGGUUCCUUGGCUUUUGCUCACAAUACCACAACACUUUCUAAAUUGGCUUCAAUAUUAGUACCUGGAGGUACUCUUUGUCUUAGAGAGCCCGUUUUACUUGCUCCAAGAUCUUCUACUGAUAUUCCGAUCAUUCGCACUAGUGAAAGUUUAGUCAGUGAACUUAAAUUAGCUGGUUUCGUUGACAUAGAAAUCAGAGGUACUACUGAAGUUGAAUUAAAUGAUUUAUUUAAUACUAUGGAACAAGUUUGGGGAAUUAAAGAUGAAAAUAAAAAACAAGAACUAGCUCAGUCAUUAAAGGGACAGUUAAAUUUGGUAGAAGUUGUAGUUAAAAAACCAGUUUAUGAGAUCGGUGCUUCAUUUACUUUACCGUUUGCCAAAAAAGUUCAAAAUGUCAAUGGCACUGCAAAUAAAGUUUCUGUUUGGUCUCUUUCUGUUGAUGACGAUGAUGAAUUAGAGGACGAAAAUAAUUUACUAGACGAAAGUGACUUGAUUAAACCUGAUAAGAGCACUUUAAUUCGACCUGACUGUGAAACUAGUGGAAAACGAAAAGCUUGCAAGAAUUGUUCAUGCGGGUUUGCGGAGGAAUUAGAAAAAGAAAGUAAAGCAGCUGCGCCAACUUCAUCUUGUGGAAGUUGUUAUCUUGGAGAUGCAUUCAGAUGUUCGACAUGUCCAUAUCUUGGAAUGCCAGCUUUUGCUCCUGGAGAGAAAGUUGUCCUUGGAGGAAACAUGAUGCAAGAUGAUAUUGAAGCUUAA